GUGCAGUCUUACUCCUCGGUUUCCAUUCUUCAAGCCGUUAUCGACAUAUAUACACAUUACACUUCGCAGGGGGAAGACAGCGAAGAACCCCCCCCUUCUUUUUAUCGUUUCGGGAACACCAGCCACAGGCCUUGCUUUGGCACCCAUCCAUAACGAUGCCUCGCCUUACCUUUCCCUCAACUCCUCCCUCCCUCGCUGAUGGGACGGCCACGGAAAACUAUCAGGACAUCUCCCCACAGCCAGCCUUUGAGCUCCCGCCUCCUGCUCUCUGUCAGGAUCCCGCCACACUAUCUCUCACGAAGACCAGGGCGUCUCCGACAGAUGCUCAAGCUAUAUCUCCGGCGGAGUCUGUAUAUCCCAUGCAGGCAGCCGAAAAUGUCAAGUCGCGCCGCCGGGCUGCCUCUUCUGCCGCUCAGAAAUCCUCCAGCAACCAGGCCUUUGCCCUGCCACCGCCCCCGACACGAUCUCGCAAAAUUAUCCAAAUGAAGCCCCCACGCUCUUCGCAGGACGAGUCAGCCAAAGGGCCUUCGUCCGCUUCCAAGGCGUCUACUUCGAUAGCUCCCAAGGCCACAACAUCUACCAAUUCCAAUGCCAACAGCACCAACGCAGGUGUGUCCAAGAAGAAGCAGCCCUCCGCUACAAGCGCGGCUGGGAGGAAGAUUGCUCGGAAGACGGCCCAUAGCCUCAUCGAACGACGUCGGCGAUCUAAAAUGAAUGAGGAGUUUGGCGUUCUGACGGGCAUGAUUCCGGCUUGCACCGGCGAGAUGCAUAAGCUGGCUAUCCUUCAGGCUUCGAUUGAGUAUAUCAGGUAUCUCGAGGACUGUAUCGCCCAACUGAAGGAACAGAGAGACAUAUCUCCCCCUCAACCCCCUACUCAACCAUGCUCUCACCCUCCGUCCCGUCGGCAAUCAUGGCAGCAGCCCCAAUUCGCGCCACAUUAUCAGGGGGAGCCCUCGGGGGAUGUCGACAGGAGCGGCUCUGGGCCUCGCUCCCCUCCUUUCAGCGCCCAAGAACCACAAUAUCAACACCCUUCCAUAUCGCCAGCACUAUCACCCGAGGACGCCAGGCAACGUCACAACUCGGACGCAUCGGCCUCGACAGACCAGCGCCGCUUUAGCUACAGCAACUCGGCCACGACUUCACCUGCCUUUGGGCCCCAGUCAUACCGCUACGGUGGCCCUCUGUCGUUCACUGCUCCGACAAGUCCGGCUCUGACUCCGCAACGCGAGCAGAGCGACCUAGAUCAGGAGGCCACGGCUGCCCUGCUGAUGCUCAACAGCGACAGGAGGGGUACGUAUGGAGGUAGCAAUGGCCCCAGUCGUGGCAUGUCCGUACGCGAUCUCCUUAGCACGUGAUGGCAUGCUUUGUCGUGACACUUGGGUCGUGUUUGUCCGCUGGGAUUGCAAGGCUUAUAUUCCUAGUCUCGUUGGGUCUUUGCUGUGGGGGUUUCUCUUUCAUUUUCUUCUUUCUUUCUUUCCUUCUUGCUUUCUUUCUUUCCUUCCUUUUUUUUUCUUUUUCCCCCCUUCUCGAUCUACAAGGCUUCCACUUCAACGUUCCGAACGGCGCACUUUGCUUACAGAAAA